CACAGAGCAGGGAGAGACCACUCCCUUUGGCAGGUUUACGAUCAACAAAAUGCAACUGCUUCGGGAAGAGCGAGGUGUCAUGUGGAUCGAGGGGUUUCCUCAACCUCAGAUCCCAGCGGAGGUCCAGCCGGAGGUUCCAGAGGGUGCAGUUGAUGAGGAGGUCCAGUCCGAGGACGUGGAUGAUACUGCUGCCGCCCGCCCCACCACCUUCGAGUACGGGGGUGGCAGUUCCAGCGUCCCCGGCCAGGACUACUUCUCUCAGCAGUUCGAGCAGCUGCGUCUCCAGAAUCAGCAGCUCUACGACUGUCAGAUGCAGUUUCAGCAGCAGUACUCGGCUCACCAUGCCGAGUACCAGACCAGGAUGGCAGCGUAUGAUGAGCUCCUGGACAGGAUGGAGACCCAGCAGGGGAUAGCUUUGGCGCACAUCGAGAGGGAGCAGGCCUGAGCUAGGCGCAUGCAGGAGGUCCAGGGGCAUCUGCUCCAGCUGCUACCGGGCGAGCAGCCAGUCUGGAGGACUCCCUGGGAGGACUCUCCACUUCCACCUCCCCCAGCUGAUGACGACGAUGCAUUCAUGAAUGACAUCAAUCUGGACAACCUCGGCGACGAGUAGGCUGUACUCGUUGCCCAUCUCAGUGUGUUUUGUUUUCCGUAUUAGACUUUUGUGUGUUUGCUCCAUGUGUGAGGAGUUUGAACUUAGUGUCGUUUGUUUUUGUUUUUGGUUUUCUUUUGUGGAUUGUUUUUGCUGUAGCCGUCUGGGCUAACACUUAUCCCUAACACAACGUGUGCUAUUGUGUUCUUGGUGUUCGAUUCGUGCAGAACUGUCCAUCUUCCCGUUUGUUUCUCACUGACUGGUCCACUUCCAGUCCCCCAGCAGUUUCAAUCCGGUAACAUCGCUCCCCUUAUCUCUCCCUCUACUCCAUUGAGGGCAAUGUCGUGCUUAAGUGUGGGGGGGGGGGGGGGGGUGCUUUGUAUCGGUUGGAAUAUAUAUUUGGGUGCUUGUAGCCUAGUCCGCUGUCCGAAUCUUACGAUUUGAGGGCUCCAAGUACUGCUGUUUGAUCAUAUUGGCACUGUGUUUUGAUUGGGGAAUUGAAUGGUUUUCUGAUUGAUGCAUGACAGCUUGAUUGUGACUAGGACAACCUAUGAUGAGGACUGAUACGUGCAGUAGAAUUGUGUAGGGGUUCAGUUUUUCAACUGUUUGCUUACCAACUGUGACUUGGAUUGAUUACUUGUUCUUUACAUUGUUCUUACAAAGAAAAAUUGAAAGCAAAGAGAGCCACUACCAAAAAUCUGAAUAAUGCCCAGUAAGUAGU